AUGUCAGUCACCACCGCCGAGACUGGCACCCAAGAGCUCAAGACAACAAAGGACCUGCUCACUUUGGAAGAUCAGCCCUAUGGAGACUGGCGCGACGAAUUUCACGACAAGGGUUGCGUUGUGAUCAAAAACGUCAUUAGCAAAGAGCGAGCGGCAUACUAUGUUCAGAAGCAGAUAGAAUGGCUCAAGAAGUUCGACUUGGGCUUCGACGAAAACGAUGAGAGCACCUGGACCGCAGAGCACCUUCCCGUCAGCUUCAAAGGGGGAAUGUACUAUGCUUACGGUGCCCCCCACGAGAAGAUGGCCUGGGAGGCACGUCUAGAACCGAAAAUUGUCGAGAUUUUCGAACGUCUGUGGGGUAACAAGGAGCUUUUGACCUCCUUCGACGGCAUGAACAUCUCACUGCCACGCCGAAAAGAUCUUCACUGGAGUCCCUGGCCACAUUGUGAUCAGAACCCAAAUCGAAAAGGGAUGCAAGCCGUGCAAGGUUUGCUCAACUUCGCCCCAAACGGACCAAAGGAUGGUGGUCUCGUUCUCAUGAAGGGCUCCUCGAAGCUGUUUGACGAGUUCUUCUCCCAGAAGCGAGAAAACUUUAACCAUGAAGAUGCACCACCGCCAGAGCUCAAGUACAUGGAUCUUUUCUUGUUCAACGACAAAGAUGUCCAGUGGUUUAAGGACAAGGGAUGCGAGCUCGUCAAGAUCAAUAUGGAGCCAGGUGAUUUUGUCCUUUGGGAUUCGCGCACAAUGCACUACGCAGAGUUUCCCAUGGGAGAACAAAUCCGUCAUGUCCAGUAUAUCUGUAUGACGCCACGAAAAUUCGCCUCGCCGGAAUCUCUGGAAUUGAAGAAGCAGUGUUUCGAAAACUGGCUGGGUACAACUCAUUGGCCUCACUGCAACAUCCGCCCCGCCAAAGAGCCGCCGAUGAGAAACGGUGAGGUGUGUCCUAAGGCAAGGAGCGAACCUUUCGAGAAGCCUGAUAUUUCAGACCGUCUUCUCCAACUGGCAGGCGUCAAAGCGUACUAG